CGAAGUUGUCUCUCUAGUUUUUUUCGCGGCGGCACCGUGAAACUUUGUGCGUUCUAGUUAAUUUCAUUUUAUUCGCGUAUUUUGGUGCUGUGUGUGUGUAUAUGUGUGUGUGAGCUGUACGGCUCUCGUAAAUAGCAUUUUAUUCAACGGCAAGUGUACGAUACGCGUUUCGCAUUCGCGUUCGCGGUCGCCUGUGUACGGGGUAUCGGUUUUGGUAAUAUUAACCUGUUAACAACGAGUUCGCCAUGUUUACGUGUCGUCGUCGCAGGCGAAGGGGCAUUUCGAUAUAGAGUUGAUUAUUUUUUUCCUUCAUUUUCCACACGUCGAAAAAAAAAUUACCUACGCUGUGUCGCGUUACCUACCAACUUAACACGCAGACAAAUAGACUUUCGAAUACCAUAAACAGAAGAUGAAUCCUCGUUCAUGAUAAGUUAACGUGAGCCACCAAAUGUUAUUUACAUAACACGAUACGGAAACCGAAAUAGAAAAGUAUAAGGCGGUUAUGUCGUCUUUACUUUUUAUUAACAAAUGGUUCAAGAAGAAGUGACCGAUACAGCAGUAUGCCGUGUUAUGCGAGGAUACAGCAAUCGGACGCAACCUUACAAUAAAUUACACGCACAGAAUUCAGCUGAUUCCAAUUUCUCAAAUCCAUCUUCGGACCUGUCGCUUGACGAGGAAAAAGAAGCGCUUCGGCGCGAAAAAGAAGGCCAGGCUCUCGCUCAACUGGAGAAAGCAAGAGAAAAACCAGUAGCUUUUGCUGUGAGAACGAACGUGGCCUACGAUGCCGCAGUGGACGACGAUUCACCAGUUCAUGGUUUCGCGGUAUCCUUCAACGUGAGGGAAUACUUACACAUAAAAGAAAAAUACGAUAAUAACUGGUGGAUCGGGCGUUUGGUGAAGGAAGGAUGCGACGUAGGCUUCAUUCCGUCACCUUUAAAACUCGAAAACUUAAGACUGCAACAGACUCAAGUGCGAAACACAAAACUAUACAUGACCAAACCAGCAUUAUCCGGUAAUUUAGGCGCACUAGCGUCUGACAUGCUGACACCAGCAAAAAGCGCCAAUUCGAGUGGCUCUUCCCCGCCUUCUCCUGUCGAAGAAGAAGAACUGUCAGGCGGUACAGGAGGAGGCAAAUCGAGAACAAAUCUAACACCGCCUUCCAAAGAAAAACGGAAACCUUUUUUUAAAAAACAAGAAUCAGCAGCGCCUUAUGAUGUGGUACCGUCGAUGCGUCCCGUAGUUUUAGUUGGUCCCUCGCUCAAAGGAUACGAAGUCACCGAUAUGAUGCAGAAAGCUUUAUUUGAUUUUUUAAAACGUAGAUUCGAAGGAAGAAUAAUCAUAACCAGAGUAACAGCUGACGUCUCACAAGCCAAAAGAUCAUUCCUAAACAACCCUUCUAAACGUCCAUUACUCGAAAGAACCAAAGUAAAUUCGGCUGUCGAAGUACAAAAUGAAAUCGAGAGAAUAUUCGAACUAGCGAGAACAUUACAGUUAGUAGUUCUGGACUGCGAUACCGUCAAUCAUCCGUCACAAUUAAUGAAAACGUCACUAGCACCGAUAAUCGUUUACGUGAAAAUUUCAAGUCCAAAGGUACUCCAAAGACUAAUCAAAUCGAGAGGGAAAUCACAAUCGAGGUUUCUAAACGUACAAAUGGUAGCUGCCGAAAAGCUUAGCACGUGUCCGUCGGAAAUGUUUGAUGUGAUUUUAGACGAAAAUCAGUUAGAAGAAGCCUGCGAGCAUUUGGGCGAAUACCUCGAAGCGUACUGGAGGGCUGCUCAUCCGCCUUCGGCUCCAAUCAUUACGCAAACACCAAUUUUAGCUCGAUCGCAUUUAUCACCUUCGGAUGAAAUUCACGCCAACAUGAUGACUCAUAAUUCGACGUCGCCUCCAGGAAUGCGCCAUGGGUAUCCGUUCAGUCACCCUGAAAGAGGCUAUUUACCAGUACGGGACCGCGGUCGAGGACGUUUGGAACGCGAAAGAACAGCCGAUUACGACGAUUACGAACCAAACGGGCACAACGGAGCUGUCCAUUAUGGCAGUAGUCAAUACCACGUACCAAGGGCCCAAUCUUCUUCACGGCAGCAAAGACAACAACAACAACAACGUCAUCCUUUAUAUUACCAAGGCAGCGACGGCUCCGAUAUAGACAAUUUCCAGCUCAGUCCGCCCGAAGAAGUGGAUCCGACCUAUUUAGGUACCGAAUAUAAUCUUCCUUUUCCAAAUUUAUACGAAUCGUCAAGACGAAGCGCACGUCAUUGAUCGCCAUCCAGAUGCGAGAAAAAUGAAGAAAGAAAAAAACAAACGUCAUUUUUUUCUAAUUUAAAUGCUUACAAGGGAACCCUCCCACAUGAUAAUCUCCGAUUUGAAUAAAAAUUGGACUGGUGGAAAGAGGACCUCAAAAAACCCCCAUCCCCCAAUUUUCAGCUGCUGAAAUUGAUUUUUCGAUUUUUGACGAGCGUUUGAAGUUUUGUGUACACAGGUAAAGUUGUUCUGUAAAUUCGAAAAAUGGCCAUUUCUCUCCACCGCAUGAACUUCAGCAGCUGAAAUUUUGGUCAAAGGGUCUAUGCUUGAUACCUAAUUGACUAAUACUACCGCCGGCCGGAUCUGGAAUUAUCAUCAGAAAUCGAAUUUUUUGCCCAACUGCUGGUUUUUAAAUGCCAUUGAAAAAUUUGAAAAAUGAGUCAAUUAAGCUCUUCUAAUGAACUUCAAGGGCUCAAAUUUUGGUCAAACAGUCUCUGCCGAAUACCAAAUCGACUCAUGCCAUCAUUGGCCGGAUCCGGCCAUCCGUUCAGGAAACAAGAUUUUUUACUGUUUUUUCCCAUGUUAUGAAUGAAUUCAAAAAAUGGCCGUUUCUCCCCACCACAUGAACUUCAGCAGCUGAAAUUUUGGCCAAAGGGUCUCUGCUUGAUACCUAAUCGAUAAGUACUACCGUCGGUCAAAUCUGGAAUUAUCAUCAGAAAUCGAAUUUUUUGACACAUAACAUGAGAAAAAGUAUAAAAAAUACACAAAACUUCACACGCUCGCCAAAAAUAUAAAAAUCAACUUCAGCAGCUGAAAAUUUAGGGAUGGGGUUUUUUUGAGGUCCUCUUUCCACCUGUCCAAGUUUCAUUCAAAUCGGAGAUUAUCAUGUGGGAGGAUUCCCUUGUUAGUACCGCGCAUUGGGCCAAUCAUAGCUCAAGCUACAUAACGUAACUUCACCCUUUUCUUUUUUUCCUUUGUUUUUUUACUUUUCUAUUUUAAAAUAUAUAUUUAUUUUAAAUUGUAUGCUCGAUAUAUAGCGAAAUUGCGAUAAAUGAAAAAAAAAAUUGAAAAAAAUAAACGGAUUCGGUAUCCAUCCGCACAUCCUCUCUCCCUUACUUAUACCCGCUUGACAAUAAUUUAACCUGGAUUUAAAAAAGAGAAUCGAAUCAGCACAGAAAUUCAGCCAAUUACACAGCUUCCCGAUGACAUUUUAUUUGUUUUUUCAUUCGUUAAUCAAACCUGGAAACUGAUACCUAACGUAAAAAAGCUCAUUAGAAUAAAACGACCAAGUUAUUCUUUGUAGAAUUAUGGUUUUAAUUUUUAUUCAAGUUUAUCUUCACUGUUUUUAAUGAAUUAAAUUUUACAUACGACAUUUUUAUUUAGACUGAAAUUUGCAUAUGAACGGGAAAAAAAUCAAAAAAAAAAAAAUUCAGAAUUUCACUCAAAAAGAAAAUUUUUUACUAUAAAAAAAUCGCUUCUAGCCUUUUUAAUUUUGCUACUCAUUUGUUGAGUUUAAAAUAAGCAAAAAAAAAAAGAUGAAGAACCCAUUACGUCAUACUCGAGAAAAAAAACUGAAUUUUAGCAGAAGACUGACCCCCUGACCCCUUUCCUUCCUCCCGCACAAGUGUAAAUGUUAUUUAAAAAGGGCUUUAUCACUCUAUCGUCUCUUUUUUUUCCUAGAACAUCUUUACGCCCAGAGACUUAUUUUUCGUACGAAAAAUUGCAGCGUACAAAUCAUAUACCUUAAUUAUUAAAUAAAGACCUAAUGGGUUUAAUGUGCUCUUCGAACAUAAGAACAAAAAAUUUUUGUUUUUCAUUCAACGGGAGUUGAUUUGAUCGGAAUUUUGUUUUUAAUUUGUAAAUUCAACUUUGUGCUAUUUUUCUAGCGUACAAAUAUUAUAAAUAUAUAUGUAUAAUAUACAUACUUUUUUAAAUUAUUUUAUUUAUUUAUUUAUUGUAUUAAGCUUUGAUGUUCGUUUUAAUUCAAAGUAAUUAUAUUUGUUGUCAUUGUGAUAAAUUUAUUGAUUUACCGUUUAGUAAAAUUUAAAUGAAACAUUGUGUUCUUUGUUUGUUUGUUUUAUUUAUUUAUUUUUCGUUUCUGUAUCAAAGCGUGAUGUUGUAUUACAAGGGCUUCGAAAACUGAAACUGGAAUUCUCUACGAAUAAAUCAUUAGAAUAUUGUGGUAA